CGCUCUCAAAAUUGCAUAUUUGCAUGGAGACGUGCUGCAUGAAAUCAUUACAUUUGGGCAGCUUCACGUAAAGGGUCCAGCUCUGUGUUGAAAGAAGUUUAGCCUGUAGUUAGGUAUGGUCGAUCUUAUCUUAAUCGUCGAGAUAGUUUCAUUGGAAAGCUAACCUUCAACCAAAGAAACUUGAAAUGUGACUUCUCUUCUUCAUAAUUUGACAAUGUUCUCCCUCUAGCCUGAAACGGAUUAGGAAGGACAGUAGCAUGCGAUAUUAAUCGUGAACCUUUUUUAAAACUUUAAUAAUCAAAUUUCCAUAAUCUUUGCGUAUCGAGGCCGGUUCUUUCCUCGUUUGGAGGGCGGUAGAAAGCAGUAGCUGUACCAGUCAGAUUUUGAGCAGUUUCAGUUGCAUUCAUCCGCUCAACAUCCUCACAGUCGGUGAUAUUUCAGUUGGCUGAAUAAAAGGAUAAUAACCGACAGAGUUAUGGCUUGCCAAUUCGGACUCUUGUCUUCUUCUGGUAAAUACUUGACCUCGGACUUUGAUGGUAAGAUCAGUGUUAGUCCUCUGGAUGCAUCGGUGAACAAACUGAUCAAAGGACAGCUCUGGAGUUUAGAAAGCGACUCCAAUGAUCAACAGGUACAGUCCGAAGAUGACUCACAAAUAUACGCACUCUAUUCUACGAAUGGUCAUUACCUUUCCGUCGAUAAGUCGGGUAAGGUGACUGCAGAUGCCGAGGAAAUCGGCGAGGAACAACGGUUCGAGGUGGACGCAGGCAGCGGCGGUAACGGCGCUUGGGUUAUCCGUAGUGUCGCCCAUGAUACCUACAUGGGUAUCAAGAGCAAGAAGGUCCUCUGCAAAAUGCGUGAAUCGUCGUCUUCGGACCAACGUUGGUACGUGCGACUCUCCAUUCACCCACAUUGCUGCUUGCUCAGCGUCAAGGCGGAGAAGUUUGCACACGUGCCGCAGUCAGGGCGCUAUUUGACGUUCGACGCAACGGUUCCUUGGCGGUCAGAUACCCUUCUGCAACUCAAGUACAGCGAGGGCUAUGGUUGCUUUAAGACAGCCACCGGAAGAUAUAUCACCCGGGAAGGGAACUUUGUUCCUUCGCUCAUCCCAGACUGUCUCUUCGUUCUCCAAGUUACUGGUGAUCAAAUCGAUCUCAAAGACUACAAAGGACUCUACAUGUCUGUCAACACGAGGGGAAGGUUGUUGUGUACAACUUGUAAAGAUAGAGCUUCGUUUACACUGAAACCAAGCUACCCUCAUGUCACCUUCCACACAAAAGUCAAAGGAACUUGGAUGAAACUAUUUGCCAAAGAAGGUAAGUUUUGGUCCAAGCUUUAAAAUAAAAUCUCUGUAUGACUCCCGUCUCAAGUAAAUGUCAUAAGUUUGAGUCCGUACAUGCAGACAUUGCCAUUAAACACACUUAUGAAGAUUACAAACUAACAAAUAAACUAACAAACUAACAAAGUUUAAAUAGGAUGUGCACGAACAGUUAUCAUCAGGCGUCAUUUCGUUUGCCAGAAUCACGACUAUAAAAUCACGCGUCUCUAUUUCAACGCAAAAAGCUUUUCAUUUUGGAGUCAUUUUUUAAACGAUGUCAUCACCC